AUGUCUGACUCGUCAAAACCGUCAAUCUCUCGGAAAAGCGCUUUCUCGUGCGAGGCAUGCCGCAAGCGCAAGGUAAAAUGUAAUGCCGCGACGCCGUCAUGUUCACGAUGCUCAGCGCGGGGUGAAACCUGCAUAUAUACCUUCCCGUAUAAAAACGAAACUAACCAACCCACAAGAACCCCAACGUUAUCGUACACACGAACCCUCGAAGCACGCAUCGCAAAGCUAGAGGCUGAGCUGGCAAAGUACAGGAACGAGCCGCAACGCCGCAACGGUGCGGACACGGAACAUGACCAUGGCCUGAAGGUGGAGGAGUCGGACCGGCCGUCAUCUAUCGAUUCACUCGAACAACACCAUGAAGAUGAUAAGGAAGCCGUGGAUCUACUAUCUCGAGACAUAGAGGGCCUAACGGUGGAGGAUGACGGGCGCAUCUCCUUCCAUGGGCCAACGAGCCUGUUUCAGCUGCCUAGCGGUCUAGCAGAGAUCGCAAACCCAACCAUGUCUGUGGACAACGAGUCGGAUGGCCGAAAGGAGCGUCUAAUUAACAACGCAUGGAGAGAGCGUGCAUUCGAGCAGUUAACUACCAUCCCAGAACCAUUCAACUAUCUACUAGAUUCUCACUGGUGUUGGAUACAGCCUUUGUUUAACUUUGUUUAUCGUCCGGCUUUCACUCGUGAUAUGAAGAUGAACGGCCCAUACUUCUCGGAAAUCCUCCUAAACGCUAUUCUAUCUCACUCGCUUAGGUGGUGCAGGGACGAACCGAAGAUAGCUCGCAUGCUUGACGCGUAUGACGGUGGCCAACAAUUCCGCCAGAGGGCGGUAACGGGUUUGUUUGAAGCUUUGAAGGGCGGUGAUGGCCAGAUUACGGUUGUUCAGACACUGCUCUUACUCAGCGCUCAGGAGUGUGGUCGUGGAAACCGGACUCAGGCAUGGCUAUACAGCGGAAUGGCGUUUCGACUCGUAGAGGACUUGGGUAUCACCAUCGACAGCCGGAAGUACUCAGGUUCGGUACAAUUCUCGGAUGAAGACGUCGAGAUUAGAAAUCGACUUUUCUGGAGCUGUUACUUUUGGGACAAAUUGGUGUCCCUAUACUUUGGCCGAUCCCCGAUCAUCCAGGAUACUCCUGUCAGCCCACCCCGGAUUUUAUUGGAUGAUACCGCCGAGAUCGAGAUAUGGACACCCCAUGGAGUGGUAUUCCCCGAGGGCAUGCAUUAUCCCCCGACACAGGCCCACUCGACGUCGUGCUUUAUGAAGAUGUGUUCGUUGGCGGAAAUCCUCAACCAAAUAAUCAUCCAUAUAUAUGAUCCUGUCCGACAGAGCACGGAGGCUCAAAUACAGGAAUGUGUGGAUAAACAGGGGGCCAAUCUUGAAAUUUGGUGGAAUGAACUUCCACAUUUCUUAAAGCUCAUUCCUAAUAACCUCCCUACAUACUGCCCACCAAGUCAUGUUGUGACUCUAAAUUGUAUAUAUCAUACGACAAAUAUUCUUCUACACCGCCCUAUGCUCUGUUCCAGGCCAUUCAGGGCCAAAAAUGCCGCCAGCAAUGCUAACCACUUGGUCCAAUGCCUUUCAUCGGCAUCCUCCAACAUAUCUCUUUAUGAUCUCUUCAGACGAACUUUUGGCGAUAGUCAUGUCGUCUUAUCCCUUGCAUAUAGCUUAUAUACCGCAGCUUCUAUCUUCAUUCUCGAAAUUCAAGCAUUGAAAUAUGCUUCUCCUUCAACGCUAGAAAAGCUUAGAUAUUGCAUCCUAGCGCUGGAACGUGUCAAGGCUGCUAAUCCAGUUAUAAAUACUGCGCUUGGAUUAAUCGAGAAAGAACUCAAGAAACUCCGCAUCAACAUAUUUGAUACACCGACGAACGCAGACCAACCAACCAUCCCUGCUUUAUCCCCUCAGACUACCACAUCAUCACCUCCCGCCUCUCUAGAUCCCUUACAUAGUCAGCACAUAUAUACUCUGCCACCCCACGGUGCGUUUAGCAUUACGCCUCCUCCAGCAGACACGCAACAGGCACAUCAGCAGCGGCGCCAGCCCCUACCAAACCAACCCCCUUUCAUGAUGGAUACGCCGCCGCUACCUGACCCGCCAGAUUUUAUUGCUCAAGAUCGAAUAUAUGACAUUGCACCUGAACUUUUUGAAGCCUUCUCAUAUACAGAACCUACUACCCCAGGUGGUGUUGGGGCAGGCUUUGACACCACGAACUGGGCCGGAACUGGGCCAACAAGUUAG